AUGUCAGACACCACGAGUACAGAUGACGAUGAUUUUCAGCCGUUCGCUCUGCCAGACAUCGGAGUUGAGAUACAGCCUGCUGAUGGCAUUCCUGCUGGGGAUCUACCUCUUGCGGGUCCCCCUGAGGACGACUAUGAGGGUGGGGCCCCGAUUGAUGCUGAUGCUGUCCUUCCUGUUGCAGAGGCCCUUGUAGAGGAGGCUCCUCUUGGUUCACCUGUUCCAAACUCGUUGGAGUCUGUGGCAUCCGCGUCCCUGCACAACCAGGGUGUGCAGCAUCACUCUCCUGACGCUGACCCCGACGUGGCGACGUCAGCUGGACCUGGUCCGUCACACGAGUUUGAGUUCGACCACGAGAUCGAUGACGAUUUUGACCCAGUUUUUCCUCCUAAGUUCGAUCCUGGUCAUGAGAUCGAGUUUAUUCAUAUGGACCAGCCCUUAGAGGCGCCAGUGGCUCCCAUUAUUCCGUUAUUUGACAUCCCUGCCGAUUUUGACAUGGAUCUUGUUGACCCUGAGUCUGUCAUGGCCCCCGAGCCUGUUGUUGCUCCUGAUCCUGCACCAGAGCACGACCCUGUUCUUGAUGAUGCGCCAGCUCUUGCACCACCCAUUGUUGACCUUCCCGUUGUUGCUCCACCAGUGGUGGAUGAUCCUGUUGUUGAUGCACCUUUACCUGAUCCCGUGCCGGCUUUGGUUGACCGUGCCCCAUUCGCCGCUCACAUAGAUCCUCGUUAUGCUGACACCCGUAACGGGUGGAUCGAGGAUGAUGACGAUUACCCACCGUUUGUGCUAUCUGUCACUCCUCCAGUAGCACCCGUUUCUGCACCCAUUGAGAUUCCAUCAUUUCCCCGACACACCACUGACGUUCAUUGCACUAAUCUUCCCAUCACAUUCCUCCAGGACAUACCGCCACCUCGUCCUGGAGAGGGUUCAUCGAGGCAACCGCCUGUUUCUGUUCCACCUGUACUGACAUCAUCUUUUCCGUUUCUGUCACAGUUUCCUCAUGUUGCACCACCUGCUGCACCAUCUUUCAUACCAUCGAGCGAGCCAUUUUUGUGGACUACGCCCCCUGUUAUGCCAUUAUCUGACCCGUACCACCCAUUCAAGUGGGGAACACUACGGAGGAUAUACUUGCAUCGUUGCAGCUACAGCAGGAUGCACUGA